GGUUUAUUAAAAUUAUAUACAUUUUACAAUGUAAAUAUUUACAAAGAUAUAAGAAUACACUAACACUAUUAAAACUUUAAAUAAGGCUUUUCAGAAGGAAAAAGUAUUUUUCACUGCAACAGCACACUUCUUUUUAAUACUAUAUAGGAGAACAAAUAUGAAAAACCUAUAUUUAAUAUAUAUAUAGAAUACUUUCUGCCCCCUUGUAACAAUAAAUGAUAAAAAUACAAAUAGAUAUGUUGAUUUGAACAUUAAGAGAAAUGUAUCGCGAUAAAAAAUAUUAUUUUAUUAAAUACAUUACAAAAAAAAUGUGCUCUUUAAUCCCACUUGAUCUUAAAAAUGCACUUCUAUGGUUUACCUGCUGGUCUUGAGGUUAUUAAUCAAAAAUCAUUUCAGGGAAUUUUUCUCUUAUCAUCUAUAUUUACAAAGAAUCUCCAUAUAUGUAAGUACAUGUAAAUUCUUAAAACUAGUAACGUCAAUUAAAAGAAUAAGUAGAGUUAGGUGAUAAUCCUGAUUUUUAAACACUGUGAAACAUUACUGUGAAUAGUGAAAUUCAAAUAAGUGAGGUGUUUCCUCAAAUCAUUACCAAAUUAAAUAUCCAUUAGUAGUUUUCUGAAAACAUUGAUAAAAUCGAUAGAACAUGUAAACAAUGUCAGCAGAAAUUUUUUAAAUAUCAAUAAUUAAACAAGAGUCUGUGAAAUAUCACCCAACUCUAUUAGAAAUUCCUUCAAGUUUCAAGUGUAACUUACAGGUUCAUUAUUUAAAGAUUGCUUGUGAAUAAGGUGGUAAAUGUACAAAGUUCAAAUCAACUUUAUAUCUAAAGAAACAUUGUCAUGAAGAUGAACUCUUAUGAAAGCACAUUUUCUGAUAAUACUCUUCCCUUUUACACUCUGAUGGGAGAUUUAAACCAGUCAUAUAAAAAUCAGUCUAAACAAUAAUAAUUUAAUCAGUCUCCUGUGAAUUAAGAGUAUAAGCUAAAUUAUUCCUUAGAACUAUCACUUUCUUUAAAUCUUCUAUUAAUUGUGUAGGUAACUCCAAUUUGUCUGCAUCUUCAGAAGUCUUUAGUAAAUUUCGUAUUGUUAAGAGCGAAUUGUAUCUCAAACUGUAAAGAGGUAAUGUAAUAAAUGCUCUGAUUCUUGCUUCAUAAUGUUCUGGUAUGACCCUAUCUGGGUACUUUUGCUUGAAAAAUUCUUUGCUCGUUUUUGGAUGAUACACAAAUUCCUUAUCUAUAUGAAGUCUAUCCUUUGUUUCAUGAUCAAAUGCCACCCAAAGAUGGGCAUUAUAAGUAUUUACAUCAACAAAAUAAUCUUUCUUUAAAAUUCUGUAUCUUAUGUACUUUCCUGUGUGAUUUAACCAAACGAUUUCGACUACUUUCUCUGUUUUAUUAAUAAAUCGGACAUAUGCACUGUUUCCAACAGUUCCUGAACGAUUUUUCACAUCAUAGAGUAUUUCUACUUCGGGCAUUUUCAACGUGCGCAAAAGGCACGGAAUGCAACUAUGUUGAUGUGGUCGAUCUAUUUUGAAGUAGUGUAUGGAACGAUUGGUUAGAAGUACGUGCAAAUAUGGCUGUUUGUGCAGCUAUUAUUGGAAAAGAUAAUUCUCCGAAAUUUUUUGUUACAAUAAAUCCCGAUGAAGAACUACAAUUUCAGUAUAGAGUACUUUCAUCUUUAGAUAUUGUAGAAGACAAGUUGAAUUCUGGAGUAAAAGGAGGAGCGGAUACAAAAGAAUUAUACUUGGGAAUGUUACUUUCCCUGGAAGCCCAUAAAAUUUAUGGAUAUGUAACAAAUACUAAAAUUAAGUUUAUAAUCGUAGUAGAUUCAACCAACAUGGUUUUACGAGAUAAUGAAAUUAGAUCAAUGUUUAGAAAAAUACAUUCAGAGUAUGCCGAUAUAGUUAGUAACCCUUUCUACAUUCCAGGAGAACCAAUUAGUUCGAAGAAUUUUACAACUAAUAUUAAAAAUAUAAUGACUGGUACUGUUUGAGAGCUCAUCUAGUUAAGUCUAAAUUAUAAAUUGGAUUUUUUCAAUUAAUAAUAUAAAAUUGUAUUAAAUAAAUAAAAUGUUCCAAACUACAGAACAACAAACACAGUUUUUAAUAUAAAUGUUUUUCCG